CACAUAGCUCAAGAUUCAUGUGGGCCCCUCUCUCCCUCCAAUUCUCCCAAUCUCCAUAAUAAAACAUUCAAAUUUCUUACUAGAAAUCAAGCAGAAAACCCUAACUCUUGUGUUCUGAAAAUGGAGUCCCUCAGCUCAAAUCUCGAUUCCGCCUUGUCGAAUAUCUCACUGCUCUCCAAAAUUCACUCAAAACCCACCUCAAAUCUCUUCUCUUCUUUCAGAUUAUCGAGUUUCAACAGCCGGAGAAGAAGCAAGAAUCAUCUUUGUCCGAACCUCGUUUUCUGUAAUAAGAACAGCUCCCCACAAGCCGGUGAUCAAUUCCUUACAGCUGAAAAUAAAGAUUUAAUUAAAAGGGUCGGCCGAGGUGUGCUCGGUUUCGCCGCCGCCGUGUCGUUGCUCUGUGAUUCGCCGGCGUUUGCUGAAUCACUGACGGUGGCUUUCCCUGUUUCUCACAACCGUGAGGUGAAUAGUGUGCAAAGAACACUUGUGGAGGCAUGGGGUUUGAUUAGAGAAACCUUUGUAGAUCCAACUUUCAAUCAUCAGGAUUGGGACUUAAAAUUACAACAAACGAUGGUCGAAAUGUUUCCACUUAGAUCAGAAGAUGCUGCAUAUAACAAAAUUAAAGGGAUGCUUUCGACUCUUGGAGAUCCUUUUACGCGCAUAAUCAGCCCUAAGGAAUAUCAAAGUUUUAGAAUAGGAAGUGACGGAAAUUUGCAAGGCGUCGGCUUAUUUAUCAACGUUGAACCGCAGACCGGACACAUGGUUGUUUUAUCGUGCAUAGAGAAUAGCCCAGCUGCGCGUGCUGGUAUACGCGAAGGAGACGAGCUAAUGGAAAUAAACGGUGAAAGACUCGACGGAGUGGCAAGUGAAGCAGCUGCACAAAAGCUGAGGGGACAUGUCGGAACAACUGUUACAGUAAAAGUCCACAGUGUUGAUGACUUUGGGAGUUCUUAUAUCAGAGAGGUUAAUAUACCUCGUGAAGUAAUCAAGCUUUCGCCGAUAUCGAGUGCUAUAAUUCCUCACAAAUUGCCAGACGGACAUUUAUCGAAGACGGGAUAUGUGAAAUUGGCAACUUUUUCUCAGACUGCAGCAUUGGAGAUGGAGAAUACGGUUCAUGAGAUGGAGAGUCAAGGUGUUCAAUCAUACAUAUUGGAUCUUAGAAACAAUCCAGGCGGUUUGGUAAAAGCAGGACUCGAUGUGGCUCAGAUCUGGCUCGACGGAACCGAGACUUUAGUCAACACUAUCGAUAGAGACGGGAAUAUGUUACCAAUAGACAUGAUCGAUGGUCAUGCUUUAACACGCGAUCCACUAGUUGUCCUUGUGAAUGAAGGGAGUGCAAGUGCAAGCGAAAUUCUCGCAGGUGCACUCCACGACAACGGUCGAGCAAUUCUCGUCGGGCAUAGAACUUUCGGGAAAGGAAAAAUACAGAGUGUGACGGAGCUACACGAUGGAUCGGCCCUUUUUAUUACCGUGGCUAAAUAUUUGUCGCCGGCACUUCACGACAUAGACCAGGUCGGCAUAAAUCCGGAUGUACAGUGCACAACCGAUUUCUUGAAUUCUUCGCCAAAAGAUUCCUUCGGAUCAGCUUCUUCUUCUUCUUUAGAGAAAGAUUCUUGUAUUUUGGUGGCGGAGCAUCAACUCGAUGUUCAAGAAUCGAAAGGCUCGGCUUCUUGAUUAUAGUGUGAUUGUGUAAUAAAAUCGCAUUUAGUUUCGGCUCCAUAGAGAGAGCUGUGCAAGUUAUUUUGUAAAAAUUAUAUGUAUAGUAUAGCAGCUUGUUUAGAUAUAUACUUUUGUGAAUAAUGUGAUGUAGAUUGUGAGUAUGAUGGUAGCAGAAGUUGCCAAUUUGGUAAAGGAUUUAAUUUGUAUCAUAAUUCAUAUGAAAUUAAUUAAUAUUGAGAUUUGGGA